AAGCUAUACCACAACACACCAUACAUAAAAAACCUUCCCAACACGCUCUAAUUGCCUCAUUCUUGCUCUAAUACCUUCUGUGAGCAUGGCUGAAGAGAAGCAGCACCAUGGCCUCUUCCACCACCACAAGAGCGAGGAGAAACCAGAUGAGGCCGGUGUCUACUCUGAGACCGCUGAGUAUUCAGAGACUGCCACAUGUUAUGAUGCUCCACCUCCUGCUGUCCCAGAUGUUGAUUACAGAAAAGAAGAGAAGCAUCACAAGCAUCUUGAGCACGUUGGUGAGCUUGGAACUGCUGCCGCUGGUGCUUUUUCCAUGCAUGAGAAGCACGAGUCAAAGAAAGACCCAGAGCAUGCACACAGGCACAAGAUAGAGGAGGAGAUUGCCGCGGCAGCUGCAGUUGGAUCCGGUGGAUUUGUAUUCCAUGAGCAUCAUGACAAGAAAGAAACCAAGAAAGAGGAAGAAGAGGCUAACGGAAAGAAGCACCACCGCUUCUAAUUGUUUUAAUUAAUUAAUCAAUCUUGUGUGUUACAGGCCUUAAUCUUGGUUAAGUAACUAAUCACUAUAGUUAUACAUCACCCCUCCUAAAUAAUACCUGUAUGCACGAGAUUUUGUAUCCCUGCCGAACCGGUGCUAUCUGGCUCUUUUGCUUUGUACGCUAUAUUAAUUCUUGUUUAUAAUAAUAUCUGAGAUGUUUAUGUGA